AAUAAUAAAUCACAUAGGAGAAAAAAUAGAAAGAAAUGGUAGAGAGUUCUCACUCAUCUUUCUCCAGCCUCCGGGCCUACCUUCGGGCCCUGGCCCAAACCCCAACCCGCCUCAAACGCCGGGCCGGCUCUGUUUCGACGUCCUUCGACGAAAUGAGCCGGGCCAGAGCCCGUUCCGGCCCGAACAUGCUCAAGACCCUCCGGUGGUACGACCUCGUCGGCUUCGGCAUCGGCGGCAUGGUCGGCGCAGGCGUCUUCGUCACCACCGGCCGCGCCAGCCGCCUAUAUGCCGGUCCCGCCGUCGUUGUCUCCUACGCCAUUGCCGGCCUCUGCGCCGUCCUCUCUGCCUUCUGCUACACCGAGUUCGCAGUCGACAUGCCCGUCGCCGGCGGCGCCUUCAGCUACCUCCGCGUCACCUUCGGUGAAUUCGCUGCGUUCCUGACCGGCGCGAACCUCGUGAUGGACUACGUGAUGUCGAACGCCGCCGUCGCCAGAGGCUUCACGGCGUACUUAGGCACCGCGAUCGGCGUCUCCACCGCGAAAUGGAGGAUCACCGUCGCCGGACUCCCCAAGGGUUUCAACGAAAUCGACGUCGUCGCAGUUCUCGUCGUCCUUCUCAUCACUCUCAUAAUCUGCUACAGCACGAGAGAGAGCUCGAUGGUGAACAUGGUGUUGACGGCGCUGCACAUUCUGUUCAUCGUGUUCUUGAUAGUGGUCGGAUUCUGGAAAGGCGAGUGGAGGAACUUCAGUGAGCCGGCGGACCCGGAGAAGCCGUCGGGAUUCUUCCCGAACGGAGCAUCCGGGGUUUUCAACGGAGCCGCCAUGGUUUACCUCAGCUACAUUGGAUACGACGCCGUUUCGACCAUGGCCGAGGAGGUCCGUAAUCCGGUCAAGGACAUCCCUAUCGGAGUAUCGGGCUCCGUCGCCAUCGUCACCGUUCUGUACUGCCUCAUGGCUGCUUCCAUGUCCAAGCUUCUCCCUUACGACAUGAUCGAUGAGGAGGCGCCGUUUUCGGCGGCGUUCAGGGGGAAAUCGGACGGCUGGAGAUGCGUGUCGAACGUGAUCGGGGUGGGGGCCAGCUUCGGGAUCCUGACGUCGCUGUUGGUAGCGAUGCUGGGCCAGGCUCGCUACAUGUGCGUAAUCGGACGGUCCAGAGUGGUCCCUGCUUGGUUCGCCCGGGUCCACCCCAUGACAUCAACGCCUGUCAACGCCUCCGCUUUUCUCGGUAUCUUUACGGCUUUGAUUGCCCUUUUCACCGAUCUAAACGUCCUUCUCAACCUUGUCUCUAUUGGCACCCUCUUUGUGUUUUACAUGGUGGCAAAUGCCGUGAUUUAUAGGCGUUAUAUUGUUGUGGGGACUACAAAUCCAUGGCCUACUUUGUCCUUCCUUUGCUCAUUUACCUUCACCUCCAUCAUGUUCACACUCAUAUGGCAAUUCGCCCCGCCGGGAAAACCUAAAGCAGUCAUGCUCGGAGCAAGCGCCUUGAUUGCGGUCGCCAUGCUGCAGAUCUUCAACUGCAUGGUUCCUCAAGCAAGAAAGCCCGAGUUCUGGGGUGUCCCUUUGAUGCCAUGGAUACCAUCCAUAUCCAUUUUCUUGAACAUUUUCUUGUUGGGUUCUCUGGAUGGUCCCUCCUAUGUUAGAUUCGGAUUCUUUUCCGCUCUGGCAGUGCUUGUGUAUGUGUUCUACAGUGUUCAUGCUAGCUUUGAUGCAGAAGGAGAGGGCUCUCUCAGUUUGAAGAAUGGGGAAAUCCACAUGGAACCAACACAAGAAUGCAAGGACAAUAGUGUGAAAGUGUAGAAGUUGACUCUUGUUAAUUUAUUUUAUUGGCCUAGCUUUUUUGUAGGUUUUGAUGGGUAUUUAGCUAAAAGGGGAAAAGGGAAAUGAGAUAGAAUUAGAGGGAUAGAAUACUCUGCUUUUUUGCAGGAGUGGCAAAUUGUAUAGUUGCUUUACUUUUACUUCUUGGAAGGUAGGCCUUAGGUUGUGAUACCUUUUUUGUACAUUAGGUCAUGUGUUGACCUAUCUUAGUUAUCAAAGCAGUAAAAGAAAUGCACAACAAGAGCC